AUGGAGGUUGUGGUUCACAAAACUCAUAAGGACUUAGACCGAUCUUCAUCAAGAGAACCUGGGGUGAGGUGUCUAUCAUACAAAGCCAGGACAAUUCAAAGCAUCAAGGGUCAAAGAGCAGAUGAGCACAAGUUGUUGACAAGGUUGCACGCAGCAAAUCCUAAAAUGGCUUCAUCACAGAUAAUGGAUCCUAGUUCUGAAAGUACACAAUUAUUAGAAACCAAAUUUGGCAAAAGCCCUCAAGGUGGUUAUGCAAGUUAUCAGCUAUCCACUACUGCGGAUAAUUUUAGAGAGUAUUGCAACAUUUUAUCAGUACCCAGGGUUGGCCCAAGCCACACUUACAAUGAGCCAAUUAUUGUUUUUCCUAGAUUCCCUCUCAACCGUACAUCAACA